GAUACUGAUUCGAUUCCGACGACGAGACGCGCGGCACACACGCAUUCUGACCUGGUCCGUUGCCGGGUUCGGACGUUUCAACGCGCUUUCAUUACGCAUACGCUCCUCCACUCGCACACACACACACACACGCACACCACACGCCGUUGUCGUAUACCCGUGCCAGUGCGUACUACCACGUCUCUUGUCGAUUUUUUUUAUUCGUAAAUCGAUAAUUGAAAAAAAAUUUAAUAACAAUAAUAAUAAACACUUCUCUGAGUUAAAAUUAUAAUCUCGUGGUUUUCUGUUCCUUCUCGUCGCACGGUGUCCACCUCGCUCGCGUAUACACCCGCGUAACACUACUAUUACACCGUACUUUAUACACAGAUAUAUAAUAUCCGCACAGCCAAACCGUCUCAAUCAUGGACUUGUUGUGUUGCGAAUCAACUUCGAAGAGCGUCGCGCAAAAGGAUCCCACUCUGCUGUUGGACGACCGUGUGUUCGACACCAUGCUCAAGUCUGAGAUCAGGUGCUUACCGGCUCCCGACUAUUUGGCAACCGUCCAGAAGGACCUCACUGCCAACCUCAGGAAGAUCGUGGUUGAUUGGAUGUGGGAGGUCUGCGAAGAGCAAAAGUGCCAAGAAGACAUUUUUCCAUUGGCCGUCAACUAUAUGGACAGGUUCCUGUCGGUAAAUCCGAUCAAUAAAAAUCACCUACAGCUGCUGGGCACCACUUGCCUGUUGGUCAGUUCUAAACUUCGGGAGUCCGACUGCCUUUCCGUUGACCUUUUGGUUCUGUACACGGACAAUACCAUUACUUCUGAAGAAUUGUUGAUGUGGGAGCUGCUCCUGUUGAGCAUCUUGAAAUGGGACGUGUCCGCAAUCACGGCUCACGACUUUCUAUGGUAUAUACUUAAAAGACUGCACAUGGACACGGCCAAGCCAUUCGUGGACGUUGUUAUCAAACACUGCGGCACGUUCAUCGGCAUGUGCGCCAGAGACUAUAAAUUUUGUUCGUACAAGCCCAGCGUGAUCGCCGGGGCCAGCAUCGCGGCUGCUCUCAAUGGACUGGAAUACGCGGCCAUUUAUAAGUACGACUUGUUCACUAAGCUGCACGCCAUCACUGGCUCGAAAAAGGAGGUGCUGAAGACGUGCCAAGAGCAAAUCGAAGCCAUGGUCGAAGGCCACAAGAGACAGCGCAAAGAAAUGGAUUUCGAAAUGUACGAAAAGCCGUACGACAAGACUGCCGAGUCGGACGAUUCUACAAACUGUUGGAUUUGAGAUCGUCAUCAGACUUAAAAAAAAAAUAUAUUUACGAGGAAAAAAAACUAUACAGUGAAAACAAAAACAAAACAAUUUUUAUUUUAUUAUUAUUAUACUCCACCACACAGUACAUUUCACUUAUUACAACCAAUCGGUGUUAAAUCAUCGGUCCAUAUAUUUAUAUUACACAUUCACACACAACAAUAUUAUAAAAUGCUAAAUAAUACCCAUAUUAUUUAAGGUACUCGCAUACAGUUAGAUUUUUGACUUUUAGAGGCACUGUAAUAUGAUUAUUAGUAGUCUUAAGAUUAGGUUUUAUGAUUAUUUUGACUUUUUAUUAUUAUUUUUUAAUGGGGAAGGCAAUAAAAUACGCUUCAUGUUUCCGUACAUAUAAUGUUAUUAUAAUAAGAUUAUUAUUAUUAACCACAGCAACUCCGGUUUAUUAAACAGUGUAAUGGUGAUUGUUUAUAUACCAUUUAAUAUAAAAUCAGUUUUCAUUAAAGCUCAAUGUAAUCUAAAAACGAAAAAAAAAAAAAAAUCAAUUUUCAUAAAAACAUCCUAAAUACAUUCUGUGAAUCACAGCCGAUCGCGGCAGACGUACACGAUACUUAUAAUGUAUAAUAUCAUACAACAUUGUGUUAUAUAUAUAUUAUUUGUUCCGUUUACGACACCGCGAUUCGAUUUAAAUGUACAGUAAAGUGCCGGUACGGCUACCUAUAUAACCAACAGAUUCCUAAAAUUUAUUAACUUUUAAGUUAUAUCAAAAUAGAUAGUUAUUAUAUUACAUAUAUUAUUAUAUUUUAAUUUUUAAUAUAUAUUAUUUACUUAACUUUUUUUUAGCGUUUAAGGUAUAGAUUCGCCGACCCAGAGUUCAGCACAUGGUUGGUGUAACAUUUUUUUUAAAGAUCUCUUGCGUCGGCAAUCUUUUUUAUAUAUAUAUAUAUAUAUAUAUUUAUAAAUUAAAAAGCUCAAGUUUCCAUUGAUAAUUAAAAUAUCACUCACGAUUGUUGCUUUCUUUGUAUUUCCGAACGUUUACACACUUUUACAAUAUUUGUUUACAAUAAUUAAUAUAAGUUUUCAAGCCUUUACAUAUAUACUAAUUAUAUUCCCAGUUUUUUUUCAAAUUAAAGAGUAAAAAAAAAAAAAAAAAAUUGAAAAUUAACGUAAUUUAAGAUGUAUGCUCCACUGAUAAUACCGAAAUAAUUUAAUUAAUUUAUUAUUAUUUUUAUUAUUAUUAUUAUAUAUAUUUUUUUCUGUUAACGUUAAGAGUUUUAUAACAAGUAUUUUUAAGUAUGUAGCAUACACCGUUGUUCUAUUAUUCACAUUGCCCCUCUCCAUUAUCCAUUAUUUAAAAAUUCGUUGAUAAAUCCACGGAGAAAAACGAUAGAAAUCACGUCUUCCACAGGCUUCAAAUCCGCGCGAAGCCAUUGGCUUCCCGAGAUUUGUCUCUCCUCCACUCCCCCCAAAUUAACAUCGUUGUAUUCGGAUUAUAAUAUAUAUAUAUACAAACAUGCCCACGGGACGUGAGUUAACGGCUCGGACAAGGAGGGACGAAAUAAAAAGAAAACACAAAACAUUUUUUUUUUUUUUUUUUAAAACGUGUUUUUUUUAUACACAUACACCACAUAUACAUAUCUCAGUUCCAAGCUGAUUUAUUUUAUUUUUUUCCAUAGUAGUAGUCGUAUAAUGCUUAAUAAUAAUAAAUAGUAAUAGUAACGUAUAUAUUGUAAUACGUAAGUCCUGGAUGUGUCCCUAACCGCGUGUAAAAUAUGUACAACUCCGUCCCGACGGCUAAAAUCCGAUAGUGAACCGGGGAGAAGGGGGGGAAUGUAACGUUUCGGCCUCGUUAUAAUUAUUUUAGAAUGUAAGUCGCACCACAAACACAAACACACUUUUAUGUAAUAUUAUAAUGAUGUAUAAUGCAUAUAAUAAUAUAUCUUUUGGUGAAUUUUAGUUGUUUAGAAAAAAAUCUAUAUAAUAUUAUUUAAUACAUACAUAUUUAUAUAUAUAUAUAUAUAUAUACAUAUAUAACUACCCAAGUUGAAUUCUAUAUAAAUAAUAAAACAUAUAAAAAAAAAGAUUCUGCUAAUCACUAUAGUUUUGCACUGUUAUCAACGCAGUUGUUUUUAUUAUUAUUAUUAUUAUUAUUACAUUUUUAUAUAUAUAUAUAUUAAAAUAUUUUUUUUUCCACUCAGGCUAUUUCAACUUUUAUUUUCUCCCGAUUUAUUUCUACAGCCUUUACGCGACUGUUGAGUGUCGGAAGGUAGUGGAAAUACAUUUUAGAAUUGUUACCAACCGAAAUAGUCAAAUAAAUCUUUGGAAUAUGAUAGAUUAUAAUACCAUGUUUUCAUAUUAUUAUAUAUUUAUAAAUUUUUUUUUUUUUUUAAAGUAUAUCGUAAAUAUUAAUGUUUUGGUCUUGUAGAGAACAUGCGACAUCUGUUUCUGUACUAGGUAUAUGUCUACAGAUAUAUAUAUAUAUUUUACCCAUAUUUACACAUAUACAUACAUAUAUAUAUAUAGUAUAGUUGAUAAGCAUAUAAAGAAAAUAUAAAGUAAAGAUUUAAGACACUGUUUUUUUUUUUUCAAUGUUAUAUUACAGUUUUUAUGUAUAUGUAUAUGAUAUAUUAUUAUUAUUAUUAUUAUUAUAUUCACUAUGUUGUCAUGUGCUUCAUUAAUACAAGCCGUAAAAAUCAAGCUAUGAUAAUUUAACUUUUAAACUUUUUUUUUUUUUUUAAUGGUAAUAAUUAGUACAAAUAUUUAUAGACUAACGAAUUCGUACAUCGAAUGCCAAGUUUUAUGUGUUCCCGCAAAGAAAACAAUAGGACUUAGAUAAGACUCAAACGCUUAAAAUUUCGUUUGAAAAUACGCUUACGUUUUUCUUUUCUUUUAAAUCUAUGUUGGUCAUUUACACAAACGCAUAGACUUUCCAUAUUAGAUAUAUAAGUUGAGUCAAUCUGGUCAUGUUUGCUCUGUUUUUCUUUUUUUUUACUGUGCCAUAAUAUAAUAGUACCUAAACAAAAUUUAUAUUAAUAUGGUAUAAUAUGUUCAUAUUGCCAUCAUUAAUACACCAUUUUUAUUUUAUACACAUAUUACCUUUAUAUAUAAAAGUAAAUUAUACAUUUUUUUUUUUUCGUAUUUCAAUGUCUGUUGUUAAUCGUAUUUUACGCGUCGUCGGCGACGCCAAAAGUAUUUACAUUUACAUUGCACAGCAUUUUAUUAUAUAUAUAUAAAAAAAAAAUUAUACUUAUCUGAACAUAUUUAUCACUUUGUAAGUAGAUAACCACCGCAUCAAUAUUGUUAGGCAGUGGUUAUAUACACAUUUACGAACUUUUAACAUGUAACGAUAUAUUAUUAUUUACACAUUAUAUUGAUAUUUUUGUACUUAUUCGUUUUAUUGUAAGGUCAAUAUUAUACUAUAAUAUCAAUAAAGAAAAAAAGAUUUACUGAAAUUAAAA